UAUGUGGAGGACGGCCAUUUUAUUUGCAAUUGCGGUCACAACCACCGCCUUACCCGCUCAAGAUACGGGUCAUACAGACAAUGACAUUGAAAGCAUCAAUGACUGCCUCAAAAAGGAAUCAACGUCUUGCCUAAAAUAUAAAUUCUUUUCGUUUGUUGAUAAAUUUAUCGGGCAAAAGGAGACGUUUGCGUUAACUGAUGGAGUGACAGUUGUACGGUCAUCAGACACACCCGAAACGGGAGCACCAAGAGGUUUGGAUCCCGUCUCCAGAUUGAAGAACUAUUUAGACACUCAUUCGCUCCGUGUUGAAGUCAAAGGAUCAGAUGUAAUCGAUACAGUUUCUAGUGUUGGUCGAGCUAUAGAAGAUACAGUAUCCUCGUUUGACGAUGAUGAUUUAUCAGAGGAGUCCCGGGGGAAGAAAAAGAAAGCGGCGAAGAUCUUUGGUCCAAUAAUUGCCGCCGUUGCACUGAAAAUGAUGGCAUUACUCCCGUUAGCUAUUGGUGCUAUCGCCUUGAUCGCCGGGAAAGCGUUGCUGAUUGGAAAGUUGGCAUUAGUACUCUCUGCUAUAAUUGGUUUGAAGAAGCUGCUUUCACAGCAAAAGCAUGUAACUUACGAGGUGGUCGCUCACCCGCAUCAUUCAACCAGUCACACAGCAAGUCAUGAUUAUGCUGGUGCAAGCGGAUAUGGUGCAGAAACAGCAAGCUACAGUGGCGGAUCAGCACACGGAGGUGGCUGGGGUCGCGCCCUAGACUCUCAAAGCCUGGCGUACGCCGCGCAAAAACCUUAACCUACAAACCUGAAUUGCAUAGACUGACUUCUUCCGUGUGCAUGUGUGUGUGUUAGUAUUUAUACGAAUGCUUCUGUUAUGCCUUAUUCUAGUAUUUAUGGAAGACUGUAAUAUUUUAUUUGUGUACCUGGCUUUAAUUAUUAUUUAAGUGUCUUCUUGCGCUCGUCGAGGAUAUUAAUUUAAUAGCAUUUGAUUAUUUUUAUAUAAUUUGUUAUUUCGUUGAUUUCGUUAUUUUUCCUUUGUUUAAAUAUUGUCAGUCAAUCGACUUGCGGGUUGUUACAUUGUAUAUAUUUAUAGAUUCAGUAUUUGUAUUAUAAUAUAGUAUAUAUUUGAUAGAAUGUUCUCAAUAGCUAUAAGUGAUACUGAAAAGUUCAAAGAUGUUUAUUUUAAUAAAUUAUU